UGUAGACACGAUGAACCGUGUAAUAAAUCUAUCAAAUCCUUUUUGUCUUUUUCACGAAAGUUAAAAGAGGUCAAUAAUCACGGCAGGGUCGCGUCAUAAUCUAUAAUGGUCGUUACACGACAUGUUUUCUUUGUUCCGUUUUCAUCGAAGUCUAGGAAAACGGAAGGAGAAUGUGAAGACAAGAAAAGGGCGGCAUCACGUUCAACGUGAGCCGUUAAAAAAUGGGAAAAAAGGGGCCUCGAACUGCUGAACGAGUUUCGUAUUCCAGCUGAUUAGAAACAAGAAACUAAAGAAAACCCACGUUCCUACUCAAAACAACAGCAAUAGUCGCUCAAAUUUCGUCCAAAGGCGGGUCUGAAAAGGAGUCUAAGGCAGUUAUCGUAUUGCAGUUGCAUGCUAUGAGUGUGUUUCAUAUUGACUUGUCAAACGGGCAAACGAACUUGAAAAUGUUAAUAUGUGUUAAAUUCCAACGGAUCCAUAUGAACAUUUGCGUUAAAUAAUAAUAAAUGGUAAUAAUAAAAUUUGCGUUUUCCCGCGUUUUCCAAAACUGUAAUCAUGGACUAGCGAAGCAAAUCUAGUGUUGCCAAUAUCUAGUUUUCUCGUAUUAUCCGGUUUUAUUCCACUUAUUGAGUUUUAUUUUAUUUUAUUUUUUUAUCUUAAUCAGUUUUAUUGAAUAUUUAUGUUAUUGAAUUUUAUUUAUGUUUUAUUGAAUAUCAAUGUUCGACUCAUUUUCGAGAUCUGACAAAUGCAAAACACCGGCCAUCCCAGAUUGCAGACAAUAAAUUUAGGGAACACACAACACAACACAUGAAACGUCUUUUUUAAUUUAUUUUUGAGAGUGUGAGAAAAUACUAGAAACCAUAGAUAAAACCAUGCAACAACCUACAAGGACGAUGGACAUUCUAAUAUUUUGGCAGGUAUGUUUGUCUUGAUUUUUUAAACUUGAGCGUGAAUUAUUUUGUAGUAUGUAAAGCUGGCAGACACACUGACACAGGCAUAGCUUUCUUUUUUGUCAGAGGCCAGGCUGAAGCCCCCAUGAACGAAUUAGAGGGAAAAUGAUGAAGACAUAAUUUCAGGCAUCAGAUUUUUCUUUCCAACUUCAUCCAUGUAAAUAAGCGUGAAUAAGUCACUUGGUCAUUCUUGUUGGUGAAGCAAAUUAAACACUUCUGUUUAAUCAGUACAGGUUUUUUCAAAGCAUUGAGGAGUGAGGACUAGAAAUUUAUUCAUUUAGUUUUUUUAUUUAGUUAAAAAAACUAGAUAAAUCUGAAUAAUGAACCAAAUAUCAUCUAGUUUAUUAACAUGUUUAAGGCAACUCAAUAUUUAUUUCAUUGCAUCAUGUUUUUUUGAAAAUCUAAAUUAUUGAAUUUAGUUUUAUCUUGUCUUUUUUUUUAAAUUAUUUUAAAACUAAAUUUCCAACGCUAUCAUGGACAACCGAGAGAUGAAAUCACUAUAACGCCGCUUUACUCUCUGCUGUCCAUGCGCUCUAAUUUUAAUUCCUAUGGCCCAUGAGAUGGAUUUUAAAGACGAGAUUACGCAAACUGAUAAUGCUAGACCCACUAUUCUGCUGAUUGCGGUGCCGGAUUUCAGUGCCAUCUCCAGUUUUGCAACAGUGAAAUAAGCUGGAUACUGUACUACUACUACUUUACCCGGAAGCUUCCAAUGGUCUCUGUUCCGUCCUGGCAAUGCCGUUGAGUUUGAAUCUGGAACUCUCGUGUAUAGUUUACCCUAGCACAAUCUCAGGAGUUCUUAUCCCAAUUUUUCUAACAUCGCAUCGUGUCUAUAUCUUCGGGAUUAUGUUACGGUAUGCGACAUAAGUGCGGGGAUUCUUUGGGGUGGGGAUCAGAUCACAUUUUUUCCUGGAGUUUAACAUUGAAAUAAUAAAAAUUAUUAUUGUGUGUGACACAGUGAUAAUCUUUGUUGGCGGCUCUUAAAAUACGGCAAGAAUUUAACCAAUAAGUUAAUAAUACAAACUAAUUGGUAUAGCUUUAAACAUAUUGAAAUAAUAAAAAAUAUUAUUAUGUGUGACACCUUGAUAAUCCUUGCUGGCGCUGUUAAAAUAUGGGAAGAAAUAAACCAAUAAGGAUAAUAAAACACUAAACUAAUCGGUAUAGCUAUAACUACUGCUUCACGUGUAAUACUGCUGUAAGGAUCGGAUCAUGGAAGGAUCAAAUAAUUUCGUUUUACUAUGUGACGGGCGCCACAUUAUUUAACUUUAUCGUAAAUUGUUUCAGCUGCGCACGGCGAGAACUUGUAGGAUCACCGGAGAUUAAAUAUUUUUAUAACCAUAAAAUUUGUUGAGUCGAAAUAGACGUACAUGAACACGCAGAUAAGAUAGAAGUGUGUGAAUGCUAUAGUCCACAUCUAACGUCUCUGUUGGAGUUCAACAAAUAAUAAAAGCUUUACUCCAAAUUAGAUCAAAAGGUCAACAAAUAAAAAUAAAGUUAUCGUUAUAUUCACAAAUGGUUUUUACUUUCAAUCGAGAUAAGCUGUCUCCGUUCAAUUGUCACCAUCAUAUCGGGCAUCAUAUAACACACCUUCGUAUUCCGUCGUCAUUUUCAGUUGACUUGUUGUAUGAUAUGGAAGUCAGAGUGAACAGACGCAGUAGUCUCAAGACCCGACCGGAUGUCGGAUUUCUUUUUGAAGGUAAAAAUGUGAGUUGUCGGAAUCGACCGUUGCGUCUGGGUGAAAGAAGUUGUGAUUCUUCCACCAUUUACCGCGGAAUUUGGAAGGGAAUUCCCCCAUCGGAACACAAAGCCGCAAUCAAAAGAGUUAAAAAAACUGAUUGCAUGGAACACUGGGAAGUAGUUGUUGACUGGCAUCAAAGAGGAACCCUCAAUCACUCCAAUGUCCUAAAAUUGUUUGGAUUCGAGGAAGAUACUGAAUGGAGAUAUUUCGCCUUGGAACGAUUCGAUGCCACCCUGGAGCAAUUCUGUAACAAACAGUAUACAGGGCCGAUGCCGUAUGACAAUCAAGUCCUUUAUCAAAUUUCCAAGGGGCUCAUCUAUUUGCACAAGAAAGGCCUGGCUCAUGGAAACCUUACUCCGAAAACUAUUCUCAUUGCAAAUUCUGACCCUGUCAAGAUGAAGCUUGCAGACUUUGGGUUGUGCCAAGGCAUUGCUGCUGAUGGCACGGAAACUACUAAACCUACCUUCCAUUCAGCAGAAUUGAACGACAUUAUCGAGCGGGAUAAAAAUUCGGAAUUGGAUCCAGCUACUGCUGGUGGUGGCAGCAAAGAAGAGCUCAGCCACUCAACAUUUUGGAAGAGACCCGAAAUAAUUGGAUCGUUAAGGAGAUCAGUAUCGAGCUCAGGAUCAAGUCGUUCCGUCGAAUCGACAGUCCCAAUCAAAGAUAUCAGCUACUCGAUCCCUGGUGCUACAGCAGAAGGAGAUACGUUUGCAGCCGGAUGCUUGUUCUUUUAUUUCAUUAAGCGAGGUCUGCAUCCGUUUGGUGACGCGCAUUCAAUUCUAAACAAUAUUCAAGAAUGGAAACCUGUCAAUAUAAAAGAAUUAGACGAACACCACUUUGCGUACAAACCAAUUCUCGAUCUAAUUGGAAACUCGUCAAUCGAAGGAAGUCAGCAAUUCUUGAUUGAGGCAGCAUUAAAGUUUCGAGUUGGGGCGUUUGCCGUUGCUUGGAAAAUGAAUAUGUUGAAAAAGUAAAAUCAUUUUGCAAGUAAUAUUUCUGACAAGCGACUUGCAGAUAGUUUUUCUCCAUUACAUCAAUAAUUUCUUUAAAAAAAAUGGUUUUGUUACAGAGAAUAAAUUUUUCGCAUGCAAAGUGCAAUCCAGAACGAUGUUGCAAAAAGAGAUGUAUUUUCAGAAGUAGAGUAAUACACAAAAGGGGAAAAAUUUGUGAAUUUUGAAAUGAUGUCUAACAAUUAGAAGACAGUGUAUAUUGCUAUAGAAUGGAGAGAACACAGAGGAUGCUAAACUACUUAUGGGCUUCAAGGAUUAGCCUACAUGGUGGAUAAGAAAUAUUGAAUGAGGAAAAAGAUUGAUGUUGAAAUAUAAAAAUACCAGUACUUUGUAUAAAAGACAUAUACCGGUAUGCUCACGUUAAAACACUUGUUUGUUUUACCGUGAGUUUAUUCGAUUUCGAAAACAGAAA